GUGGAAUAUUCUUCAAAACUUUGCGUAACGAAACAAUAAGUAAUUAAUGGAUCAGAUCGGAAGGUCAAGCAAACGUCUGAAGUUGACGAUGGCUUCCAGUUCGACCGCCGUGGCAGCAGCCGUGUCACAGCCCAGCUCCGGCGGCCGCAGGCGUCGUCGUCCGGGGCUGAAGCUCCUCCUCCCACUCUUCUUCUCCUUAUUCCUCAACGUUUUCUUCGCCAGCUACUUGUUCCUCUCCUUCCACCAGCCGGCCCCCGGCUGGGCCCGCUACGCCACCACGGAGGCCGAGGCCGCCGCCGCCGCCGGAUGCUCUGGCCACGGACGCUCCUUCGUUCUCCGUGCUGAAACCCCGGUAUGCGAAUGCGAAGCCUGUUACACUGGCGACGACUGCUCCUGGCCGGUGCUCGACUGCGCCGUCGACGCCGACGGAGAGGAUUCUCUCUUCCUGGAGCCAUUUUGGAAGCAGCACGCAGCUGGAAGCUCAGUGGUCUUGCCGGGAUGGCAUUCCAUGAAUUCCAGGGACGGCCACAGGAUCAUCUCCGGCGAGAUAGAGAGGCACAUUCAUCUCCUUCACAAAGCGGCUUCCAAUGCAAUGACCGACGGAAAGUUCAUCGUCUUCAGUUCUCGUCCGGCGGAGCUCCUCAACGCCCUGGCUCACGCUGUCUCUGCCAACAACAACUCCUCAACUCCGCCAAAUGUUGUCGAGCAUGUUACUUCGCUAAAUGCUCGAGAAGGCGAUGGUGGAUCGCCGGUGAUCUUUGACCGUUCCUACUAUUGGCCUCAUUAUUACCCCAUUGCGGCGCCAGCAGAUGAAGGCAUUAUGCUGUUUAGCAUAUCCAAGAUCUCGGGCCACGCCGGCAUUGGAUUCUGGUGGGCAGCAAUAAAAGAUGAGAAAAUAUACCAGAGAGCUGCAGAAUAUAUGACUUCGAAUGCCGUGAUUGUUUCUCCUGACACUCAACUAAGAGUUCUAAAGCUAAUCAAAGUGAUGAUAUCAGAGAAGGGAGCAGGAGACAUCUUCAAAUUUGGUUACACUACUCUGAAGGCAAGGUGGAGCCAAUUGCAUAAACUUCUCGCAACAUCUGAUCGCUUCUCUCUUCAUCCAUUCUCUCCUAACUAUUGUAGCUAUUUCAAAACGGUCCGAGAUCCUACCCCAGCUUAUGCUUGGUUGAAGUGUGAGAUGGAUGAAGAUAAGGAUUGUCAAGCUGUUCUGAGGAAAUUCAACAUCAUAUCUGGUUCUGGUAAGUUGUUUGAAGGAGAUAACCGCUACACUCGCCUAAACCUCUGCAUGACAAAUGACCACUUUGAGUUGCUCAUGAUGAGAAUGGAAGCUAUGGUCUCUAAGGAAUGGAUUUCCUCCUCAUGAUGCCGGAAAAAAUCAGAAUAAAAUUCAAGUUUGUGUACAUGUAUUGUUUUGAGCUGAAACUUGAACUUAAUUACCUUUGGAACUACAGUUUGUUUGAUGGAAUAAGUAAAUGCUACAGAAAAGCAUUGCAUUCUUCAAAUGUUCAUGGAAUUAUGUAGAUAAGUCACGACAAGGUUGCUCUAGUUUUUCCAACUACAUUAUUUUCCAAAGUGUUGCUGCAAAAUUAUCAAAUACCAAAAUUAACUUUGUUAGUC